UGCCUCUGGGAACCUCUUGAGCCCUUCAUGGGCUAGCACACCAAUACCAUCCCCCCAGAAGCUUCAGUUGUUGGCUUCUAAUGGCUUACUAUUUCCAUUUCUACUGAGAACUGCCAUCUCAGGAAUCACCUCACCCUGGAGUUUAUUCCUCUCACCCACAGGGUGGCUGGCAGCCAACAGCUGACUCGUACAGAGAGUGGAACAAUGAGGAUUUGAAUCCACGUAUGUCUCACUGGACAUAUGCUCAGGAACUGGUAAGUUAUAAAAAGACCUCCUUUAUCGGCUGGAGACAUAGAAUUAGUCCAAAUGGUGUCACCUCCAGGAAGCCUUACUGUCAUUUCCAUAGAGGACAAUGGCCUGGGCCCACACCACCCUCCUGCCUGUCUUCAGCCUUUGUCAGUGGAUCCUUUCCCCACUUAGAAGACUCCCCUUGCAUCCUCCUCCAUGUUGUCCUCCAAAUGUGCUGGCCGAGAGCCCAGCGCCUGAAUCAGAGGGACCUGGGUUUGAAUCCCACCUCUGCCAUUAAACACCAGCUGUCUGACCUCAACUGUGUUCCUUUGCUUCUCUGGGCUUCAGAUUCUCCAUCUGAAUAAUAAUAGAAGCUACCUUGGGAUUGCCUCAAGGAUCAAAUGCGAGAGAGUUCACCUUAAACAACGAGUGGAGGGCCUGGUGUGUAAUAAAGCACUCAAUAAAUGUUAACUAUUAUU